GUUGAGUUAAAGGCACCAAGACUUGCCAUUUUGUGCCAAGUAUAACAAAGAACCCAACUUGUGAACCUAAAUUGCUGUGAAAGAGAUCGUUCUUCUCUCUGUUUCACAUAAAAGGAAAACAUAAGAAAAGAAAAAAAAAAAUCUUUCUCUUUCACAAUCUUAAUUUCUGCUCACCAUCAAGGCAAGUUUCCUUCUUUUGAUCCUCAACAAUUUCCAUUGCUACUAAAAAUAUCUUCUUUCCAAAACAAUUCACGCAUUUACGUUUUUCUCAAUCUUUACAUAUAUGGUAACCAACUCUUAUUCCAUUCCUCUGUAACUCACACAAAUUCCUGUCCAAAAAUUAGUUUUUUCUUUUCAUGUGAUGUGAGAAUUUGGGUUACGAGAAAGAUGAAGACUAUUAGUGGAUUAGGUAUUGGGUUAAGUUUAAUGUUUGGGUUUCUUCUAUUAGCACUUGUUGGAGAAGUCUACUAUCUUCUAAGAUGUAAGAAGCACAAGAAGAGAGUCAUAAGCCAAGAGAGUGAAGAAGAGAAAGAAGAAGAACAACAACAAAACGGAUACGCUAAAGAACUAAUCCAGCUCUUCUGCUUCAAAAAACCUCAAUCUCUGCAGCAAAACAAUGGAGGAAGAGAAGGUGAAGUCUCAAUGAAUGAAGAUGGGAAUCCAGAUUUAGAACUUGGGUUGAUGAAACACUUGAAUGGAGGAGAUCUAGGGUUUGAAGCAGAGCUUAUGAAGCUUCAUAACCAGAGGUUUCUAUUCACAAUCAUGGAAGAGACAAAAGCAGAUUUGGAAUCUGAAGAUGGGGGUAAAUCAAGAUUAGGUUCAAGAUCAAGAAGAAGAAGCUUGAGUGAUGUUCCUAAUGACUGUAAUACCCCUGGAUUCACUCCAUUGGCUUCUCCUAAAAAGUCAUCAUCUCCUCUGGAGUCUUAUCCACACCAUGGAUUCAAUCCUCUGUUUGAGUCAGACGGUGAGCUUGAGUUUAACAAGUUUUUCAGGUCCUCUUCUUCACCUCCACCGAAGUUUAAGUUCAUGAGAGAUGCUGAAGAGAAGCUAAGGAAGAGAUUGAUUGAAGAAGCCAAAAGAAGAGAACUCUCGAUUGUAACAGAAGGUUCGUUUCUCAAGUUUAUGAAUCCUGCGAUGAACAGAGAGAAGAAACAGAGUAUUCAAGAAUGUGAUGAAACGGUGUCGUUUUCUCCUUCUUCUUCCUCAUCAGGUACAACAAUUACAAAUCUUAGAACGUUAGUGGUUGUUUAGUAUUAGCAUCUCUGUGGCUUUACUCUUUUAAUUUUUAUUUUUGGUUGAAUUUUUGUUUCCAAAAAUUUCAAUUAUAUUGUGUGAAAAUUCUAUCUUUCCUUUCUCUCAUUCUUGUUAUUUAGGAAUGAUUUCUUCUGUACGUAUCAAUCUGAAAUUUUUUGCAGAUGCUUGUUUUGUUUUCGUCUAAGAAAUCUUCUUAAGAUAUAGAAAUUAUAUAAUUUGUUCUCUAACCAAAUAGGCAAUAACAAAAUAUUUUGUAUAAAGCUAGCUUUU